CAUGGAUACAUCAAGACUAUGGAUCGCCGUAGUAUUUCUCAUCCCUGCACUCAACUGCUUUCCUCAAAGUGAAGAUAGUAUUGCCCGAAGUAUUACAGGUAUGACCACUCCAGACAACACAAGUGACGAUGGCAGUGGAACUAGCCCUCCUGAUGUAGGCCCCACCCCCACUUCAGCUACAUCCACCACCAGGCCAACAGGGACUAUCACUACUGCAGAGAACUGUGGCCUAGCUCCUCUGAACAGCCGUGUAGUGGGAGGAGAUGACGCCCCUCCUGGCAACUGGCCCUGGCAGGUGAGCCUCCACCAUGAGUGGUAUGGAAGCCAUCUCUGUGGAGGGAGUCUCAUCAACAACCAAUGGGUACUCACGGCUGCCCAUUGCAUUGUUAGCGUGAAUCCCACUGGGUGGUCUGUUUACCUGGGCAUGCAGACCCAGAACACCACCGCUCCAAAUCCACACCGAGUCAGACGCUCUCUGGAGUCGAUCAUUAAGCAUCCGGACUACAGAGACAAGCCUUUUGCCAACGACAUCGCUCUGAUGAAGCUUGAUAGGCCGGUUAACUUCACGUCCUACAUCAGCCCCGUCUGCCUGCCCUCCAACAAGAGCAGCUUCCAUAACGCUACCACCUGCUGGGCUACCGGCUGGGGCUCUGUGGGGCUCGGAGAUCCUCUUCCAGAUCCUGGGACGCUGCAGGAAGUGGAGCUGCAGGUGGUGGGAAACAACGAGUGCACCUGCAAAGUUAAAGAAACUCGUUUGGGUGACGUCGUUCUGCCUACUAUGAUCUGUGCCGGUGGAAAGAAGGGGAAAGCUGUGUGCCAUGGAGAUUCUGGAGGUCCUCUGCAGUGUAAACAGGGCUCCAAGUGGGUGCAGUCGGGGAUCACCAACUUUGGGGUCCCGUGUGGCACAGGCGAAGCUCCAGAUGUCUACGCUCGCGUGUCUGCAUUCCAGACAUGGAUCAUGAAGAACGUAGGAGAGGGACCAGGACUUGGCCUUGUGACAUUCAACUCCAGUGGCAUCGACACAGACAGCAGCUUCAUUUGCCCCACUAAGACCAGCAGAGAAAUUUGUGGCACGGCUCCACUGCACAGCAGGAUAGUCGGUGGGCAGGACGCCCCACCAGGUAGCUGGCCCUGGCAGGUCAGUCUUCAGAGACCGUUUGGUCACGUGUGUGGAGGGUCCCUCAUCAACAACGAGUGGGUGCUGACCGCUGCUCACUGUUUCGACAGCCCUGAUCCAUAUCAGUGGACUGCCAGUUUGGGACGACAGAAUUUGCAUGAAUCAAACCCAAAUGAAGUGACAAGCACAUUGUCCGAGAUCAUUUUGAACCAACGUUAUGAUCCGUCCACCCAUGACAAUGACAUUGCUCUGGUUCGGCUGACCAAUCCUGUGGCCUUCAACAACUACAUCAGGCCUGUGUGUCUGGCAGCCAGUGGCAGCAUCUUCAACGAGGGGUCAGACCACUGGAUCACUGGCUGGGGAGCCAUCAGAGAAGGAGAGUCUCUUCCAUACCCAGGGGAACUCCAGGAAGUAGAGGUUCCUGUCGUGGGGAACACACAGUGUGAUGACCUUCUGGCAAAUACCCAAAUCACACAAAACAUGAUUUGUGCCGGCUAUCCUGAGGGAGGAAAAGACUCUUGCCAGGGCGACUCUGGUGGUCCAAUGGUGUACCAACAGGAUGCGGUCUGGGUCCAGUCAGGGGUGGUGAGCUUUGGUUAUGGAUGUGCCAGGCCCAAGUUACCCGGAGUCUACUCAAGGGUGUCUCGUUAUCAAGACUGGAUCAAUCUAUGGAUCACAAGUGACCCGCCAGGAUUUGUUCACGUCGAGACUGCACAGAAGAGUGCAGAUAUUUGUGGCAUGGCUCCUCUGAACGGCAGGAUAGUUGGGGGGGAGGACGCCCCACCAGGUAGCUGGCCCUGGCAGGUCAGCCUCCAGGAACAGUUUGGUCACGUGUGUGGAGGGUCCCUCAUCAACAAGGAGUGGGUGCUGUCUGCUGCUCACUGUUUCUUCAGUGAUGACCCAAGUGGAUGGAACAUCAGUUUGGGUCGACAGUCUUUGCACGGUUCAAACCCACAUGAAGUGACAAGAACGGUGGCCGAGGUCAUUUUACACCCCGGUUAUGAUCCGUCUUCCAAUGACAAUGACAUGGCUUUGCUUCGGCUGAGCAAUCCUGUGACCUUCAACAACUACAUCAGACCCGUGUGUCUGGCAGCCAGUGGCAGCAUCUUCCACCAGGGAUCAGACAACUGGGUCACUGGCUGGGGUGCCAUCAGUGAAGGAGAGUCUCUUCCAUACCCAGGGGAACUCCAGGAAGUAGAGGUUCCUGUCGUGGAGAACGAGGAGUGUGGCGACCUUCUGGCAUUUAACCAAAUCACACAAAACAUGAUUUGUGCUGGAUAUCUUGAGGGCGGAAAAGACUCCUGCCAGGGUGACUCUGGUGGGCCAAUGGUGUACCGCCAGGAUACUCUCUGGGUCCAGUCUGGGGUGGUGAGCUUUGGUUAUGGCUGUGCCAGACCUAACUUACCCGGAGUCUACUCCAGGGUGUCCAGUUAUGAAGAUUGGAUCAGAUAUCACAUCCGCAGUGACCCACCAGGAUUCAUCGAGGUCGUCACGCCUACUAAACUUCCUCCAAAUAGUGGAUCUAAAACCACAGUUUGCCUGUUCAUCCUCCUUACUUCUCUCAUCUCCUUCCUUUUUUGAUUGAAGACAAAUCGUUGUCUGACACUUGACUAAACCUCAUCUGACUAAAACCUUCUAGGGUGCAUUUCUCGACGUCGUUGCUAACUAAGUUAGCAAUUAUUUGGUUGCAAUGGAAAUUUCCAUUGGGAGCCAAGUAAGUUGCUAACUGAUUAGCAUUGAUGCUUUCGAGAAACGGGGUCCUGGACUAGGAUGUAUGAAUGUGUCUACAUGGUUUUGAGUUAUUGUUCAAUAUUAUAUUAAGACUGUGAUCUGCCUGGAAAUAUUC